ACUUUACAAUCCAUACAACAUAUAUCAGUAUAUCCAACGAUAUUAACAGAGCCAGUCGGGCCAUAUAUGGGCUUUUGUCCGGGUACGAAACAAGCGGUCGCAUUCUGCGGUUCUGCCUCCGUCCGUGCUCAUCAUCACUACUCGUGACGAUUGGAUCAGCGAGAGUUAUUACCCAAAAAAACGUGAGUGGUAUUGCUUGAAUUUCUUCAGUCUCCAGCCAACCAGCAAUAUUUUCAUGGUUAAUUCUGUAGAUCAUUUACCAAACUCUGCUUUUCAUUCUCACUCUUUGUUUGGCGUAAAGUGGGCUCAUAUAAUCGAUUCACUGCGACACCGGGGCGCGUGGCGCCUUGCAUCAAUUUAUCUGCAAUAUACUGCUGUGCCAACCGCGAAGACCUGAAAUUCAACCAAACUACUGUGAGGGGAUGAACUGUUCUGACACGUAGCUGUGAGUACUCCCAAGUUGCAACUCCAUCUUAUGGACAGAUGGUAUCAAUUCGUCAUUGUACCAUAGACUUGUUCUGGUCCUUCUGGAACAGAGAGUCGUGAUCACCAAAGAAAUCCAAUUGACGUUACUCUUUCUUCAUCUUUACAUACCAAUUCGAGCAUAUACUUUGAAGCAGGCCUUGUAAUUUGUUUCAAUCUUGGAUCUAAGAGCACAAAUCAGGAGCUAGAGUUGGAUACAAUCCUCAAAGCGACCUCACUGAAUUCUUUAUUGAGGGGAGUUGCCUAGUAGUACUAUCAACAUUCAGACAGAAAAGAAAUAAAGAAAGCACAACUAGUUCUAAGAAAAAGCAGAGAUGGGUUUUGGAGUUUCUUCUUGGAACAUCUUCCUUGGCGUCCUAAUCGUUGUGAUGAUCGCACAAGGAGCUAGGAAGAUCACUUAUGGAGAAUGGAAAAUACCAGAUCAUAAUGGGGUUACAUAUGAUCUGCGCCAACAUCACGACAUGAAUGAGCAGCAGAGAUUUGAUCCGGCUAAGCAAGUCGAUGGCGAUUAUCAUCAUCAUCAACAUAGUCACAAUAUGCCUCAUAUGGACCCUUCAGUGAACAUUUUCUUUACCAUAAAAGACCUGAAAGUAGGAAAAAGAAUGCUCCUUCACUUCCCAAACAAGGACCCUUCAAAAUCUCCUCAUCUACUCUCUCAACAAGAGGCCAGUUCAAUUCCUUUCUCUUCAACCCAACUCCCUUACCUUCUUGACUUGUUCUCUUUCUCUAAGGACUCUCCACAAGCCAAAGCAAUAGCAUAUACCCUAAGAGAAUGUGAAUUUAAACCCAUCAAAGGAGAGACCAAACUAUGUGCUACCUCCUUAGAGUCCAUGCUCGAUUACGCCCGUUCGAUUUUCGGAUCAGACACCCCCUUCAAGGUUGUAACCACAAACUAUCUCUCAAAGCCAACUAAGGAUUUGCAAAAUUAUACGAUCCUGGAAAGGCCUAGAGAGGUCUCUGCUCCACAAGUUAUACCAUGUCACAAAAUGCCUUAUCCUUAUGCAGUGUUCUUUUGUCAUACACAGAAGAGUAAGAACAGACUGUUUGAGGUUUUAGUUGGUGCAGAGAAGGGGGAGAGAGUGCAAGCUGUUGCUGUUUGUCACAUGGACACCUCUGAAUGGAAUACUGAUCACCCUUCAUUUGCUGUGCUUGGAAUUAAGCCUGGAACUCAGCCUGUUUGCCAUUUCAUCCCUGUUGAUAAUCUGGUUUGGGUGCCUUCGAGUGGUUAACUACCCUUAUAAAGUUUCCUUGUUAUCUCGAUCAGAGGCAGAGACGUAUUUUUAUGUCAAAUAUUGUGCUCUUGGGUGUAAGAAACACCCAUAUUUUGUGCAUUACAGAGAAUAUUAUUGUUUAUAGACAGUCAAAAUUGUUUUGAAGUUUGGAUUUUCCUUUCUGUUAUUGUGAUCAUCGCCAUCAAUUAGUUUUAUUGUUUGUUUA